AUGUUCGAAUUCAAGACGUACAAGAUGGAAUAUCAGCAUGUCCCUAAUACUGCAAUAUCAAAAACAUACUCUCCGAAUAGCUUCAAAAUGUUGCGUCGCUCUCGAACUCCGCGCCGAUCUCCAACACCUCCACGUCGGCUUCCUCCGCUUGGAAGAAUUGCGGCCCUGAUGGCUAAUCAUUUUUGGAGGCCUGGAGACCCUACCGCAGAAGGAGUCCCUCCGAAUCAAGCUCAAGUUGAAGAAGUGCCAAAUUGUAGUAUUUUUCGGAACGUACUUCACAACAACGAGAAAGCUGAGCUCCAUCCUUGUGGGCAUGGCUUCCACUGGGAGUGUUUAAAGGCAUACUUUCUUACCCCGAAUCGACGAGCUUAUCCUUUCCAGGUUGUGAACGAGUCGUCUUAUGAACUCCAAUGCCCUGAAUGUCGCGGAGGAGGAGAGCUCAGCUUUAGGUUUGCAACGACCAUAAGAUUGAGCGACUUGUUCUUCCCUCCUCUAAUGGGUCGUUUAGCUUCUUUACCUAGAAGGAGAAGAUUUGAUCAGUCUGUCUGCAACCGGCAGUUGGGAAUCAUACCAAUCCAUCAGGUUAUUACUCUCGAAGAUGACAGCGACGACGACGACGACCCAGGUACACCUACUUCUCGAAAUACCACUCCUCGAUCAAGUCCUGAUCCGUUCUCACCUACCCCGCCUCGAUUCUCACUUACCCCACCUCGAGUUUUAACACCACAACUCGUCCCGACCAGAACUCCGGAAGCACUUCAAUUUGCUGGAAACACUCAAGAUAUAUAUCUUCCACCUUCGCCAAGUGAUGGAGUUGCUUUGCAUACAAACCGCCCUCCAGUUAUUCCAUCCGUUUCGAGAACGCAGCAUACUAUAUUGCCUAUUGUUAUCAUUCCUCCUUCGAUUCAUAAACCUGCCAUGGCACCAGGACUUCGUCAACCUACCCGGGCAACAACUCGCCUGAAAAUCGAGCAAAAACCGUACCUCAUUCGCUCCCUUGUCAACAACUGGCAUCUUCGAGAAGUUAUUACAAUCGAAAAGGAUUGGUACGCUUAUUGUGUGGAAGACAUGUACUUGAAUGCAGGAGGCUGGAUCGCAGGUGGGAAAGCUUCAGUUGCUAGGAUGCUAGAAACUAGGAGAAGAGAACCUCGAGCUGAGGAGAAUGCUACUGGCGAAGGGCAAGCUCCUUCGGAUUUUGCUACUUUCUGUAAUGAGUUGAGUGAGCUUAUAGAUGCUGAAUCUGCGGAUAGAGCUCGAACUUUGGAAAUAUCUACCCAGAGGACUGUUCGUCAAGCUGCUGACCGAGACAUGAUUGCCAAUAAUCGGGACCAGAUUAUGAUGAAUACAAUAUCUGCUACUCGGAUAGAUUAUGCAUGA